GCCCGCCAGUCGGAAGUGCGGCGGCCGGAACAGGCAGUUGGUGGCGGUGCAGCACGCAGCUGCCGAGGGGGCGGGUGGGCUUUGCGGCCGAACAGGCGGCGCCGUCUUGGGGCCUAGCGGCAAGGCGACCCGCACAGAUACGGGUAUUUCCGGACAUUGGCAAGAAUUUUGCCUUGGGCGUCUUCGGAGGCGUUUUUCUUGGUGUCCAUAUUGCAUAAAGGCUAGUCGCUCUUCUGUGGAGAUGACGGUUUUACAGUACUGUAAGAUUGAUGUUAAAGACAUGGUGUUCACCCCACUUCAUCAGCGUACAUAAGUUAUCUCUUCUUUUGGACCCUUAUUUUAUGCCAUAAUGCAACAAGCUUUAGAACUAGCUUUGGAUCGUGCAGAGUAUGUCAUUGAAAGUGCCCGACAGAGACCUCCUAAAAGGAAAUACCUAUCAAGUGGAAGAAAGUCUGUAUUUCAAAAACUUUAUGACUUGUAUAUUGAAGAAUGUGAAAAAGAACCUGAGGUUAAGCAGAAAUUAAGAAGAAAUGUGAACUUGUUAGAGAAGCUUGUUAUGCAAGAGACUUUGUCAUGUUUAGUGGUCAAUCUGUACCCAGGAAAUGAGGGAUAUUCUCUGAUGCUCAGGGGAAAAAACGGAUCAGAUUCUGAGACCAUUCGACUGCCCUAUGAAGAAGGAGAGUUGCUUGAAUAUUUGGAUGCAGAAGAAUUACCUCCUAUUUUGGUCGAUCUCCUAGAAAAAUCUCAGGUUAAUAUUUUUCAUUGCGGAUGUGUCAUAGCAGAAAUACGUGACUACAGGCAGUCCAGUAACAUGAAAUCUCCUGGUUACCAAAGUCGGCACAUUCUCUUACGUCCAACAAUGCAGACUUUAAUUUGUGAUGUACAUUCAAUAACAAGUGAUAACCAUAAAUGGACCCAGGAAGACAAACUUCUGCUUGAGAGCCAGCUCAUCCUAGCUACAGCUGAACCACUCUGUCUUGAUCCUUCUAUAGCAGUCACCUGCACUGCAAACAGACUGCUCUAUAACAAGCAAAAGAUGAACACUCGCCCAAUGAAACGGUGUUUCAAGAGGUAUUCCAGAUCCUCUCUGAAUCGGCAGCAAGAUCUGUCUCAUUGUCCACCUCCUCCUCAGCUGAGGUUACUUGAUUUCUUACAAAAAAGAAAGGAAAGAAAAGCAGGUCAGCAUUAUGACCUCAAAAUUUCUAAAGCAGGAAAUUGUGUAGAUAUGUGGAAACGGAGUCCCUGUAAUUUGGCCAUACCUUCUGAAGUAGAUGUGGAGAAAUAUGCUAAAGUGGAAAAGUCUAUCAAAUCUGAUGACUCACAGCCAACAGUCUGGCCAGCCCAUGAUGUAAAAGAUGAUUAUGUAUUUGAAUGUGAAACUGGUACUCAGUAUCAGAAAACAAAGCUGACCAUCUUGCAGUCGCUUGGAGAUCCACUUUACUAUGGUAAAAUACAGCCAUGUAAAGCAGAUGAAGAAAGUGACAGCCAGAUGUCUCCAUCACACUCCUCCACAGAUGAUCAUUCAAAUUGGUUUGUUAUUGGAUCAAAGACCGAUGCCGAGAGGGUAGUCAAUCAGUACCAAGAAUUAGUCCAGAAUGAAGCCAAAUGUCCGGUCAAGAUGUCACACAGCUCCAGUGGCUCAGCCAGUCUGAGUCAGGUUUCUCCAGGGAAAGAAACAGAACAAACUGAGACCGUGUCAGUUCAGUCUUCAGUAUUGGGGAAGGGCGUAAAACAUCGACCCCCACCAAUCAAACUGCCCUCAAGCUCAGGAAAUAGUUCCUCAGGUAACUAUUUUACACCACAACAGACAAGCAGCUUUCUCAAAUCUCCAACUCCUCCUCCUUCUUCAAAGCCAUCAAGUAUUCCUCGGAAAUCAUCUGUGGAUCUCAAUCAAGUUAGCAUGCUUUCUCCAGCUGCCCUAUCACCUGCCAGCUCAUCACAAAGAUCUGGAACUCCUAAGCCAUCUACUCCUACACCAACCCCUUCAUCGACCCCACACCCUCCUGAUGCUCAGAGCUCAACUCCUAGUACCCCUUCAGCUACCCCUACUCCCCAAGAUUCAGGCUUCACCCCUCAGCCCACUUUGUUAACUCAGUUUGCUCAGCAGCAAAGGUCUCUGAGCCAGGCAAUGCCUGUAACAACCAUUCCUCUUUCCACCAUGGUAACAUCUAUAACUCCAGGAACCACGGCCACCCAGGUCAUGGCAAACUCUGCUGGACUUAACUUCAUCAAUGUAGUGGGCUCUGUUUGUGGGGCCCAGGCUUUGAUGAGUGGUUCAAACCCCAUGCUGGGCUGUAACACUGGUGCCAUAACUCCUGCAGGAAUAAACCUGAGCGGCCUUCUACCCUCAGGAGGUCUGCUACCAAAUGCAUUGCCCAGUGCAAUGCAGGCAGCUUCUCAAGCAGGUGUUCCAUUUGGUUUAAAAAAUACUUCAAGUCUCAGGCCCUUAAAUCUACUCCAGCUUCCAGGUGGUUCACUUAUUUUUAACACUCUGCAGCAGCAGCAACAGCAGCUCUCCCAGUUUACACCACAACAACCUCAGCAGCCCACAACUGCUAGUCCUCAACAGCCGGGGGAGCAGGGUUCUGAACAAGGUUCAACCAGUCAAGAACAGGCCUUAUCUGCUCAGCAAGCUGCUGUUAUUAACCUUACUGGAGUAGGAAGUUUUAUGCAGUCACAGGCAGCUGUGUUGUCUCAGCUUGGCUCUGCCGAGAACAGACCUGAGCAAAGCCUUCCUCAGCAGAGAUUCCAGCUCUCCUCUGCCUUUCAACAGCAGCAGCAACAGAUACAACAGUUGCGAUUCUUGCAGCAUCAAAUGGCUAUGGCAGCAGCAGCAGCACAAACAGCUCAGCUACACCGUCAUCGGCAUACAGGCAGCCAGUCAAAAAGUAAAAUGAAGAGAGGCACGCCAACCACUCCAAAAUUCUGAGUCUUGCAUUAUUUUUUGUUCCUUUUUUAAACACACAAGAGCAUUGAAUCAAAAGGAUUGAGUUUCUACUUUUUGUUUUUUUUUUAAUGUGUCAGUAUUUUACAUUGCUAGAUGUACAAACUUUAUACAGAAGCACAACCUUAUCAUUUUUAAAUAAAAACAGGGAAAUGGUUUAACAAACUAGGGUUGGUUUGCCUAAGUCAUUGCUUUUUAAAAAUGGUUUCACUAUACAAUAUAUGGAAGUGACCUAAGAAAUAAUAGAAACAUCUUUCAGAAGAAUGUAGUUUGAUAUUUAUUUAGUAUAAAAUGUUUGUGCACAGUGUUAACAAAUACAAUUUUUACAAAUCUGUUUUGAAAA